GAGAGAGAGAGAGAGAGGAGAGCAGGGCGGCGGGGCGGGCGGAGCGGGCACAGCGCUGUGAGGCGGCAGAGCGGGGCCGGCCCCGGCCCUCCUGUGUGCGGCAUGGCAGCGGGAGCGGGGCACCCCGCAGCCUCCCCCGGGCCCGGCGGCAGGAGGUGGAGGAGUCCCGGCCGAGCAGCGCAGCGGCCCGUGGGUUAGGCCUCGCCGCAGCCCGCUCCGUUUGAAGGCCGCCCAGUGGGGCUCCCGCUCCCGCCGCCGCCUGUCCCCGUCCCUCCGUCCGCUCCCUCGCUGUGGGGUGGUGGUGGGGGGGGGGUCUCUCGGGGCCGCCCCCCCCCCCCCAGGCUGGAUGAAUGUGGGAGAAGAUGGAGACCAAGACGAUCGUGUACGACCUGGACACCUCCGGGGGGCUGAUGGAGCAAAUCCAGGCCCUGCUGGCUCCCCCUAAGAGCGAAGAUGGGGAGAAGAGGAGCAGGAGGCCUGAGAAGGAGCCCAGGAGAAGUGGCAGGGCCACUAACCACGACAGCUGCGAUAGCUGCAAGGAAGGAGGGGAUCUGCUGUGCUGCGAUCACUGCCCCGCUGCUUUCCACCUCCAGUGCUGCAACCCUCCGCUCAGCGAGGAAAUGCUGCCUCCAGGGGAGUGGAUGUGUCACCGCUGCACCGUGCGCCGAAAGAAGCGAGAACAGAAGAAAGAGCUGGGGCAGGUAAAUGGAUUGGUGGACAAAUCUGGGAAAAGGACCACCUCCCCAACCAGUGACGCAGACCUGUUGGACAGGUCUAGCAGCAGCAUCAGGGCUAAUGCGCAUGCCAGGAUCUUGGAAAGGAGAGCAAGCCGGCCUGGCACUCCCACAUCCAAUGCCAGCACCGAGACCCCCAACUCAGAGCAGAAUGAUGUCGAUGAGGACAUAAUUGACGUGGAUGAUGACUCUGCCAUUGCAGAAAUGGACUGUGGGCAGCCCCAGCUGAAGCGACCCUUUGAGCUUCUUAUUGCUGCUGCCAUGGAAAGGAACCCAACGCAGUUCCAGUUGCCGAAUGAAUUGACCUGCACCACAGCACUUCCAGGUACCAGCAAGAGGAGGAGAAAGGAGGAAACCACAGGAAAGAAUGUCAAGAAAGCACAACACGAGUUAGACCACAAUGGUUUGGUUCCCUUGCCGGUCAAAGUCUGCUUCACAUGCAACAGGAGUUGCAGAGUGGCACCUCUCAUUCAGUGUGAUUAUUGCCCACUCCUGUUCCACAUGGAUUGUCUGGAGCCACCUCUUACUGCCAUGCCUCUGGGUAGAUGGAUGUGCCCAAAUCACAUAGAACACGUGGUGCUGAACCAGAAGAACUUGACCCUGAGUAAUCGGUGCCGAGUAUUUGACCGGUUCCAGGACACCAUAUCUCAGCAUGUUGUCAAAGUGGAUUUCUUAAACCGAAUCCAUAAGAAACAUCCUCCGAAUCGCAGAGUUCUUCAGUCAGUGAAGAGAAAGGGUUUGAAGGUUCCUGAUGCUAUAAAGUCCCAAUACCGGCUUCCACCCCCGUUACUUGCGCCUGCAGCAAUUAGAGAUGGCGAGCUGAUCUGUAACGGGAUCCCCGAGGAACCCUUGCAGAAGCACCUUUUGAACACUGAGCACUUAGCCAGCCAGACAGAACAACAGGAGUGGCUCUGUAGUGUUGUUGCGCUCCAGUGCAGCAUAUUGAAACAUUUAUCUGCUAAGCAGAUGACUUCGCUUUGGGACUCUGAACAAACAGAGAAGGCUGAUAUUAAGCCUGUUAUUGUGGCAGACGGCGCGCUCGCCAACCCUUACCAGGCAGCUGACAAGGCACCCACACCUUCCCUCUAUUCCAUGUCAUCCUGCACCUCAGGGAUUACCACCCAGAAUUCCUUGAGUUCCUCACAAUCCCAGCAGACUUUGACACAGGAAGACGUCAACUGCAGCUCCUGUCUAGAUAAACCCAAGAAGGUGUCUUCUUGUGGGACUUCGAAUGGGCCCACAGCCUCUGACAUUAAAGUGAACGGUCCUCAUUUCUAUGGCGUUUCAUCCGAACCUUCAGCACAGUUGACUGACUCCCAGAGGCUGAUUGGAGCCGGUAACAACACAAUACCUGUUUUGUCUCAUCGGCAAACAUGGCCCAGGCCCCUCACGCCCCCAGCGACUUGUGGACUUCUGAAUCACACCAUUGGAACCAUUGUCAAAACGGAGAACGUAGGAGGACCCGUUUCUUGUGCACAAAGGGGUUCUGUGCCAGUCACAAGUAUGCCUACUUCCAUAUCGAGCUCCUGUGCCAGCCUGGAGACCACCAGCACUUUGCAAAGGAAGAACGUGCAGACGCAGAUAGGGCCGCCGUUGUCAGCAGACCUGCGAUCCAUGGGCUCCCCUCUGACUGCCACCAGGGCUCUCACCCCUCCCCAGGCUGCAGGAGAUGGGAUCUCGGCUGUCGGAUCCACAAACAGAUUCUGUUCACCAGCACCACCUUCAGAUGGUAAGGUCAGCCCCAGCACCUUAUCCAUAGGAAGCGCUUUAACUCUACCCUCAUCGCUCACUUCAAACUCUGCAGCUAUGUUGGACCUCACCAGUUCCCUGAAAGCAUUUAUGGAUGGCGAGAUUGAGAUAAAUAUGCUGGAUGAGCAGCUGAUCAAGUUUCUGGCCUUGCAGAGAAUACAUCAGCUCUUUCCUUCCAAAGCUCAGUCUCUAGCAAGCAGUGUCAGUGCCCAUCAGCAAUCUCCUGUGGCAAACCACAUUGAAGCGCAAAGAAAGGAAGUGCAAGCCCGGGCAGUGUUCUACCCUCUGAUGGGCUUGGGGGGUGCAGUCAAUAUGUGCUAUCGAACCCUCUACAUUGGGACAGGAGCCGAUAUGGAUGUGUGCCUUACAAGCUAUGGUCACUGUAACUACGUGUCCGGCAAACACGCCUGCAUAUUCUACGAUGAGAAUACGAAACAUUACGAGCUGUUGAACUACAGUGAGCACGGGACAACGGUGGACAACGUUCUUUACUCGUGUGACUUCUCGGAGAAGAUGGCUCCCACUCCUCCCAGCAGUAUUGUUGCCAAAGUGCAGAGUGUGAUAAAGCGACACAAAAGCAGGAAGCAGGAAGAGGAGCAGCACGAAGAAGCCGCCGUGAUGAAUUCGCAGGCACAAGGGCAGCAUCGGAAACCCUGCAACUGCAAAGCCAGCAGCUCCAGCUUGAUAGGGGGCAGCGGGGCUGGCUGGGAGGGCACGGCCCUGCUCCACCACGGCAGUUACAUCAAGCUGGGCUGCCUGCAGUUCGUUUUCAGCAUUACCGAAUUUGCGACCAAACAGCCCAAGGGGGGGGACGCUGCCUUAGUACAGGACAUGGACUUGGAGGACAAGCUGUCUCUGAAACCCCACCAGGUGCCCGUGCUGCGCUCCAACUCCGUUCCUUAGGAAUCACAAGGAAAGGAGCUUCGGAGACAGGAGGAAAAACACCCUCAGAACAGACUCUUUGCAAUGCAAAACUGUACGAAACCCAGAGGUGGGCUUUUUUUUCCUAUGGGCUGCCCAGAUGAACUGAGCUGCCCAGGCGCCGUUUGCAUGAAAUGAAGAACCUUUAACUUUUGGGUUUUUUUGUUUUUUAUUUUCAUUUUCCUUUUUUUUUUUUUUUUUUUUUUUGGGCUCAAGUUUUAGGGGCAUUUGCACAUAUAUUUGUACUAUACAUUUCAUUUUAAAAGGAAUUAAAACUGCAGCCAGAGCAGCCGUUGUGGCGGAGCGAGGGGCUCCCGACCGACCCCCCCCCCCAAGGCCUCUCUGUGCCACGUCUCCUAACCCCACGCAGUUGUAAAAUAACUCAGAAAACUUGUUCUAUUUUGUGCCAGUGACGAUAGUUUUAUAUUGAAAGAGAAAUACAGUUUUCAUACAGCAAAAUCUAUACAAUAUCAUUGUUUUAUUUAAUGUAAAGAAGCGCUCUCCUUCGUUUCCCAUCCCUUUCCCUUCCCCUCCCCCCCAGCUCUGGUUGCACUACAGUAGCUACCGUGUAUCGGGCAGUGAGAAACGGAUCCUUUUCCUGGUGUCCACCCUCCUUUAAUUUUGUUUCUAUUUCUUCUUUCGAAUAAGGAAAAAGCGUCGGAUUCUGUGUAAAUACAUCCGUGAUGGCAUUUUCAAUGUUUUAAAGCUGUGUACAGUGCUACAUGUGGUAUGACGUCCCCCCGACUUGUCUAUUGUAGCAGCUCGUUUGUCGUAAGCCCUCUCUGUCUCUUUUGUUUAUAUGCCUCCCCUUCACCCCCCCCUUUCCCCACACCCUCCCCCCCAGCAGGCCAGCUAAGCUCCACUGUACAGAGUAAUGGUAACGUUUUAGACUUUACAGAAACUUUCCUGUAUUCUGUAUAUAAAAACAAGAAAAUUCA